UCCAUUUUAGAGGUAUAGAUGGUGAAGAAGAAGCCCGCUGCACCCAGAAGUCCAGUCCAGUCCAGUCAGCUGCACUAGUCCUGAGAACCACCAGCUCAGAGAAGUAGUCCAGCCACUCCAAAAAGAAACACUGACUCCUGCAGCUGCAGCACACGCCACGUUCAACCUGUUGCCAAAGAUUCACUCAAUCAGUGAAGUGACGCUGAGUGAUAGCCUCUUGUUUCUGCGUCUCACCUCUGAUAUCUGAGCUCAUUCAGAUCACAGCAGCAGCAGCUUUGUUACACCUGAGACUCGACUGACAGCACAGAUGAUGAUGAUGGGGAUGCAGCAACACUCUCACAGCUUUCUGGCACUUCUCCUCAUGGUGUUCAUCUCUGGGAUAGUUCUCUCUGGUCCCUCAACUCCUCGCAGGAGCAGAGUGAGACGUCAGAACAUGAAGGUCCGUAUCAACGCCACAGGAGACACCAUCGUGAUGAAGUUUUUGCGUCCCAACGCUGACACCAAGCUUGAGGGCUACAUCCUGGGCUAUGGCAGCAGCAUGUUCUCCAAACAGUUCAUCAAGCUACCUGAGAACGGACAGCCGUAUGAGACUGAGUUUGACGCCGAGCCGAAGUAUCUCAUUGCCGUCCAACCCAUCCCAACCAAUGAGGUGAAAAAGCGGUGCACAGGUAAAGUUGAACUGGAAAAGCCGCUACACUUGGUCAUCGGAUCGGUAACGCCCACUUCAGUCCUCCUGUCCUGGGGAACUCUGCUGAAAACUCCCUACGAAAGCAACGUCAUGAGUGACUGUCUGGAGGAUGGACACUACACGGUGCGUUAUCGUGAGAGGAGCAGGAAGUGGAACUACCAGACCUGCCCAACUAGUGACACGGUCAUUGACAAUCUAAGGCCCAACACGGUCUAUGAGUUUGGCGUCCAGCCCAACACGAAGGACGGCAGUGGACAGUGGAGCAAGCCGGUCAUUCACAGCUCAGGUGACUCAGAAGAUAAGACCAAGAAAAACUUUAAACGUCCCGUCAACCCUGUGAAACCUUUAACACCAGGUCCACGCUCCUUCCCCUUUACCUCUCGCCAUGUUCAUCAUAACAGGACCCAGGGCAGAGUGCCCCACUCCCGGAACAUAACCCCAAAGACAACUCUUGCUCCAACCACUACUACUACUACCACUACAACUACUACAACUACCACAACUACUGCAACUACAACUACUAAACAGGAAUCUCUGUCGACCCCUGGACCCAAACAGCCUGUGGUCACCAAACAGCCAAUCGGGGGACAAGAGCAAGACCACUCCAGAUCUAUCUUGCCUCCUUUCCUGGAGGUCCCAAUAACUCCUAAACUUCAUCCUCCACUACACAUUACAGCCACCAUGGCGUCUGUGCCAGUCCCCCAGACAAAUGUGGAUAAGCAUGGAGGGCAAUCUCUGAGUCAACCAAAACAAAAGCCCCAAUCCCAACCAAACCUCAAGCUCCAGCCGCAGUAUCGACCACAACCAAAGCCCCUAACCAAAAAACCUAAACCAAAGCCUCAACCUCAUCCAACCCAACCCCAACCCCUUUUCCAAACUCAUCCACAACCUCAGUCAACAUUCCAGUCCACACCCCAUACCCAACCACAACCCCAACCAACAUCCCAGACCUUACUCCAGACCCAACCAACAUCCCAGACCUUACUCCAGACCCAACCAGAUCCCCAACCCCAACCAACAUCCCAGGCAGUACUCCAGACCCAACCCCAACAAACAUCCCGGCCCAGACUUGAGACCCAACCACAACCCCGACCCCAACCAACAUCCCAGCCCAGACUCCAGACUCAACCAGAACCACAAACCCAAUCAAAAUCCCAGACCAUACUCCAGACCCAACCAGAACCCCAACCAACAUCCCAGGCAGUACUCCAGACCCAAUCCCAACAAACAUCCCGACCCAGGCUCAAGACCCAACCACAACCCCGACCCCAACCAACAUCCCAGCCCAGACUCCAGACUCAACCAGAACCACAAACCCAAUCAACAUCCCAGCCCAGAUUCCAGAUCCAACCAGAACCACAACCCCAAUCAACAUCCCAGCCCAGACUCCAGUCCCAACCAGAACCCCAACCCACAUCCCAGUCCAUACUCCAGACCCAACCACAACCCCAACCAACAUUCCAAGCUAAACGCCAUACCCAACCGCCUCAACCUCAGCCAAGAUUCAAGCCCAUACUCCAGACCCAAUCCCAGACCCAACCCCAAUCAACAUCUCAGCCCAUACUAUAUAUGCAAUCUCAGCCCACACUGACAUCCAAGCCCAUACCCCAGACCCUGCUCCAACCAUUAACCCAGCCUAUAUUUCACACUGAACCUCAAUUACAACCUCAAACCACAACCCAGGCUGAACCACAGCCUCAACCAACAUUCCAGCCCAAAUUCCAGACCCAACCUCAAACACAGCUGUAUCUAAAGACUGAGGCCCAGCGUAAAGUUCAAUCAACUCCCUGGGCCACAGCUGUUGCACAUCGUCAUACACCUCAACCAACACUUCAGCACAUACCUCAGACCCAACAAACACUACCAAAGAUUCACAUCCGGCCUCAAACCCAACCACACUCUACAACUCAGCCACCAACCCAAACACAACCUCAACUGAAAAUCAAUCCACAGCCACAACUCACCACUAUGCAGCAAUCUAAGGCCCAAACAACACCUAAACCAAAUAUACAUGAAUUCAAACCCAAGCACGAGACACAACCUCAACCUCAGAAAACUGUUAAUCAACAAAAAAACAACAACAAACAAAACAACAACAAACAAAACAACAACAAACAAAACAACAAACAAAACAACAACAAACAAAACAACAACAAACAAAAUAAGCAGCCAAAACAUCCAAAAAAGCAGCCAAAGCCGAAGCCCCCAGCAAAAGACCAAAAGCAACCCCACUCAAAGAGUCAGCAGUCACAACCUCCAUCUAGGCCCCAACCACAACCUCAACCUGGGCUUCAAUCUCAGACCAGGACCUACUCUGAUCCCACCAAGGUCACCCCAAGGCAGGCUUUCCCUACGGCUCCUACUCCACGAGGAGAGGGCAAGCCUCUACCAAGACCUGCCCUGGCUACAGAGAAGGCUGAUAGUUACAAUCAGGGUACUGGCAUCAGAUCAUCUGUUGCUGAAGUUCCUCGUUCUCCCAUUAGCUCAUCAGUUCCUCAAGCAGGAAGAAACACCACGCUGCCUCGACCCCGGGUUCCUCCUCAUUCCACUCGUAAUAGUGUCCGACCUUUUCCUCCAUCCAAGACAUUCACCACCUCUCUCAGCUCCAGCACACCUGGGGCCGAUGGGGCGCAUCAUAGGGGCAAUGCUCUUCCUAAACCUGUGGGGUGGUCCAAAGACAAACCUGUUCUGCGUCCAGCUCUUCCCGACAACAAGAGAACCAACCUGGUGGGCAAACCAAGUGACCAUGCUAAACCCAUGGACCUGAAACAAGGAGACAAGGAGUCCAUCUUGAAGCCAUUCGCUCUGGUCACCGCUAAGCCCAAGCAAGAGCGCAGACAGCAGACAACCACCUCUGCCCCGGCAGUAAACAUCAGCCGUUUUGACAUAAAUGAAAACUCCUCCAUAUUCAGUAACUUGCCUGCGUCAGAAUUAGACAUCAUGGGCAAGAGGCGCUUUGUAGCUCCUCAUGUGGUCUACAAGACCGAUAAGAAGCCAGACGAGCCUUGCUCCAUCACCUCCUCCCUCGCUUAUUUCCCCGAUGAGGAGGGCAACGAUCAGAACGUGACAGGUCCUCCUCGCGUGCCUCCCUCCAACCUCACCGUGGUUACUGUAGAGGGCUGCCCGUCUUUCGUCAUCCUUGACUGGGAGAAGUCUGACAAUGAAACCACAGAGUAUGAAGUUGUAUCCACCACUAAAGGACCAAACGGACAUGAGGUGUCCGUACUGACAACCAACCAGACACACACAGCUGUGGAGAAUCUCAAACCAGAGAGCAGUUAUGAAUUUAAAGUAACACCAAAGAACGAACUGGGACCGGGACCCUCCAGUGAUCCCGUGUCUUUCAGCACAGAAUCAGCGGAUCCACGAGUAAGCGAACACGUGUCAGGAAAAGAUGCCAUUUGGACUCAGUUCCCGUUUAAAUCCGAUGCCUACUCUGAAUGCAAUGGAAAGCAAUACGUCAAGAGAACCUGGUACCGAAAGUUUGUUGGCAUUCAGCUCUGCAACUCCCUGAGAUACAAGAUCUACCUGAGCGACUCUCUCAAUGGGAAGUUCUACAACAUUGGAGAUCAGACGGGGCACGGUGAGGACCAUUGUCAAUUUGUGGACUCCUUCCUGGACGGACGGACUGGCAGCCAGAUGUUUGCUGACCAGCUACCAAGCAGGCCAGGGUUUUAUAGAGCGGUGAGACAGGAACCUGUCAGCUUCGGAGAGAUCGGAGGGAAGUCACACGUUACUUACGUAGGCUGGUACGAGUGUGGCACGCCCAUACCUGGGAAGUGGUAAGACCCCGCAAGGCUGUCCAGGAAGGAUGCCUUCCUUGGUUGUGAGGAAGACAAAGACGCCUGACUAGGCCUUGAAGGGUGGUGGGCCUUUCUUUCAUGUUACCAUGGACACUUUCAUGUUACAUGGGUCUGUCUGUUUGAACUCUGCCUACUCUCCCAGGUACGAACCUGUACAGGACUUUUAGGUGUUACCAACCUCCAUUGAGUUCAUUUGUAACAUUGAUCUUAAAUUCUGUAUAACAGACAAAAGAACGCAGGAGUUUAAGUGAACCAAAAUGUUGAAUAUACAGUAAUCACAGAGAAAAUGUUGGGAAGCUGGCUCCCAAAGUGUAAUAACUUGUAUGAUAUUAUUUAUCAAAGGGAUCGUUACUGAAUAUUCUGUGUAUGCUCGGGCUUUUGAGAUGAGAAAGUAAAAAUUGUUCCCAAUACUUGCAUGUCAUGUCAUUGGUCAUUUGUGUACAGAGAGGUGCAAAUCAUACUUUGAUUGUACAUUUGGGCUAUGUAAAAUAAAAGUACACACAGACAUGUAGAAUCGACCUUCUGCUGGCCCUAAGGGAUUAUUAGCAGUUGCAGUUUGCACAGUAUUAAACUUUUGUUCAUAUAUGUAUAUGGUGUGAAAUGCAAUUUGUAUACCAGGGAUCACAUAUUUUGAUAUAUUUCAGGUAAAAGAUAAAACAGCUUUAGCCCAAAUGUUUCUACGGGGUCACUUGGAAAAAAAAGAUUUAUGCGUUUGUAAUGCUCGUGCAGUCUUGUCCUGUAUUUCAGAAAAUAUUAAAAUUUAUAUAAAAGUGUAUAAAUGAAUAAACUGAGCUUCAAUGUGGAAAUGACAUAAACAAAUGACAUAAUUUAUGUUUUUGUGUUCAAAUUUACUUCAAAGUGUACAUAAAGUUAUGAAUCAUUGGAGAGAAAUUGCCAGGGGGUUUUCCACAUCUGUUAUGACUGCAGUUGUUUUUGAUGCACCAUGUAUGUUUUCAGCAAUAAAUCUUGUUUUUAUAUUUACGAAUA